GGCGUGGGCUGGGCGCUGGGCAAGCUGCGGGGCGGCAUGUCUGUGAUCCUGGGCGACGAGAUGGGGCUCGGCAAGACGAUACAGGCAGCCGUCUUCCUGCAGGCGAGAGUGUAUAUGCGUGUGCGUGGGCUGACCACGGGCCCCGUGGCGGUGGUGGUGCCGCUCAGCACCUUUGGCAGCUGGGAACGUGAGAUGGCCAAGUGGGCGCCCGGCCUGGAGGUCCUGUCCUACAGCGGGCACCAGGAGGCGCGGGCGCUCAUCCGCAAGCAGACCUCCCUCAUCCCGCGCUUCCACGUCAUGCUGACGACGUACGACGUGGUAAUCCGCGACGCGCCCAUGCUCAAGCGCUUUGACUGGUCGGCGCUGAUCAUCGAUGAGGGGCACAGCCUG